AUGCCCCCUCGUAAGAAGCAGCGCACCACCGCUCCCCCUCCCGUGAGGCGUAGCGCUCGUGCAAGCGCCACCGAGGCCCCGCUACUGGCUGCGAAGAAGAGCGUACCUGCGGCACCACGCCGCGGCAAAGUCUCAACGGCACCGAAGGGCAUUGUCAGUAUGCCUCUGGAGAUCCUCUUCGAGGUGCGUCGAUAUGUUGUAUAUCUUCGCCGUCCUUCCCCCGAAGGCCUCUUCCACCUCUCCCGGGUUAACAAGGCGUUCCACAAGCUCCUGCUGGACCCCGGGGCAGCGUCGUUCUGGAAGGCCGCGUGGUCUAGAGCGGAAGGGCUGCCCGCGCUUCCCCCUCAUCUCAGCAUCCCCUCGGGUGCGGCAUGUCCGGAUACUUUGAGUCCUAGCCCACUGUUCACGAGAUAUUGUGGGGAAUGCGAGCAGCGAUGUCUCGUCCGGAAAAAAGGCUCCGCUUUCAGCUUCCGCCUUCCCGAUGGUGAUGACCCCGCUGAAUUCGGAAUCGUGAACACAGUCCAUCGGUGGAUGCUGAUCGCAGAAGUCGAGUAUGUCCAGCGACGACGGGAAGCACUGGAAAGCGAGAAGGAGAAGCAGGACUACCUCGCCGAACGCAGGGCGUUUGUCAUGGAGUGUGACGAGGUCGCAGAGUCGCUCCAGACAUGGUUUGACGCCGCCGACGAGCGCAAGCAAGAGGAAGAGGACGCUCUAAUAGCAGAGCGACGCAACGACGUUAUGCGACUUCUUCGCGCAGAAGGAUGGGAAGACGCCGACCUGCACACGUGCGAUUUUGACGACCUGCCUGGUCUCGAUAAGGCGGAGAGGCUGACGAGCGAGAGAGAAUGGCAAGUGAUUCGAAAGAAGGCGGUGAAGAUCCUGGAGGCUCACCAUCAGCAACGACUCAAAUACGAAGAGGUUAGGCGGCUUCAAGGGAAUGUCACCCGUUUGAAAACGAUGAUCGAGGCCUACCGGUGGUCAAUAUGCGCUCCAGGAGCCGGCCUCCGGUUCUUUGCAAGCUUCUUCGAGUUUGUCAUCACACCCAUCUUGCAGUCGUAUGUAGUCCAGAACCCCUUAUUCGACUCGGGCGAUCCGGCCACAUGUCAAGAAGUGGAGGCACUACUGCCCGGUAUAGACGAGCAACUUACGGAUCGUGCCACUGGCAUCCUCGCAAGCAUGGUCCACGAAACUACCAGCAUGGAAGCAGCGUCACACUCGGAUGAGGAAGUUCUAGAGCUCGCGACCUCGUUCUUCCAAUGCUUCGUCUGCGGUGGAGACCGCCUGUUCCGCUGGAAGCCCCUGCUCCGCCACAACUGCACGAAGGAACACCUCAUCGACGACGAUCCCAAACACUUGAUCUCCGCGGCCUGGGACCGCGGAGCCUCCGGCGACCGCUUCAACGUCCAAUGCGUCCGCCUCAACUUCGAGCGCGGGGUCGCGAGCCGCCGCGCGGUCGUCGCCGCCUGCGGCCUCGACCCCGACCGCGCGACGUGCGCGGACGCGGACGCCUGCGGGGCCCGCCUGCACUGUCUGCGCUGUCGGCCGACGCCAGACAAACGCGCGGUGUUCGACUGGGAGGGUGCGAUCCUGCACGACGCCCGUCAGCACCGCAAGCCCUCCAGCGCGGAGACCUUACAUUGGGAGCGCGUCGCGGACGGGCACGCGUCCCGGGUGCGCGAGCUGCAAGACGCGUGCGCGCGCGAGCCCGCGGACACGGACCGCUACGCGUGCGCGUGGUGCGGCCGCCACACGUACCGCGACCCGAAGAGCUGGCACAGCGGAGACCGAGACCAGAUGACGUUGCGCGCCGUGAAGCAGCACCUGCAGGAUCAGCACUGCAAGCUGCAUCCGGCGGAGGGAGUGGACUACGUGGUCGACCGGGCGCCGAAGCCCGCGAUCACUAUGUUCGGGCCGUCACUCGAGCACAACAAGACGGCGAUGAGCAAGGUCGAGGCAGGGUUGGGCAUCGUUGAAAUAUACGGUCACUUCACGGACGUCUACGGCGCAACAAUUGGGAACGCGGAACGCGAGUGGACUCCCGACGUCCUCAUUGUGUGCAUCGCUAUCCGAAGCUCGACCUCUCCACGCGGUCCACACUUCCCGAAGCCAGGAUUCCUCGCGACUGAGAGCGGCGCCCAGAACAGAGUUGGGUCCACGUAG